AUGGCACUCCUGAAUAUGUUCGCUCGUGUUGCGAGGCCAGCCUCAAGCGCCUUGACGUUGGCUACAUUGAUCUUUACUAUCCGCACAACAGUCCCCAUAGAGGACACUAUGGAGGAACUAAAGAAGCUGGUGGAAGAGGGGAAAAUAAAGUACAUUGGAUUAUCUGAAGCUAGUCCAGACACAGUAAGGAGGGCACAUGCAGUUCAUCCCAUUGCUGCUAUACAAAUGGAGUGGUCCCUUUGGACUCUCGAAAUUGUCCCACUUUGCAGGGAAGGGAACUUGGAAUUGGGAUUGUCCCAUACUGCCCUCUUGGUUCUGGAUUUUUGGUGGCAAGGCAAUUGUGGAAAGUGUACCUGCAAAUAG